AUAUUAAUUGUUGUACGGCACUAACUCCCUUGUGUGGCCUGUCACGCUUUUUCGACAUACCCCAUCGUCAUCAUCAGAUACUUACGCUAUUCCCCAAACUAACCCUAUUUCUCACAAUUUUUUACUCCUUCUUCACAACGCGAUCUAAUAAACUGUCAUUUACUUCAUCACUAUUUUCAUCUUCGUUCUUUCAUUCAUCAAAAUUCGAUUUUCAAUUCAUUGCCGACCACAUUGUUUCGUCGUUAAUAUCAAGCAUUGCGAAUUUGCGAUUUUUGUAACCUAAUCGACAAUGGACGACAACAAUUCCCAAUCCGAGUCAUCAAAAUCAAAACCAGAUCUAAUCGAUGAAAACUCUGAACUUUCCAAUUCCAACAACGACGACACCUCGUUGGAGAACAUCGUUCGGAGUUUUCAAGAUUCAAUGUCUGUAAGCAAAAAACACAAAUUUUGGGAAACACAGCCUGUUGGUCAGUACAAAGAUGUUGGAGACACAAAUUUACCUGAAGGACCAAUUGAACCACCAACACCAUUAUCAGAAGUGAAACAAGAGCCUUAUAAUCUUCCUAGUGCUUAUGAAUGGACAACAUGUGACAUGGAUUCUGAAGAAACAUGUAAUGAGGUUUAUCUUCUUUUGAAGAACAAUUAUGUUGAGGAUGAUGAGAAUAUGUUUAGGUUUAAUUAUUCAAAAGAGUUUCUUACAUGGGCUUUGCGUGUUCCUGGUUAUUAUAAGAGUUGGCAUAUCGGUGUUCGCGCUAAAGGGUCAAAGAAAUUGGUUGCUUUUAUAACUGGUAUUCCUGCUAGGAUUAGGGUUAAUGAUAAGGUUGUUAAAAUGGCUGAGAUUAAUUUUUUAUGUGUUCAUAAGAAACUUAGAUCGAAAAGACUUGCACCUGUUAUGAUUAAAGAAGUUACUAGGAGGGUACAUUUGGAGGAUAUUUGGCAAGCAGCUUAUACGGCUGGGGUUGUUCUUCCGACCCCGGUUGCUACUUGUCAGUAUUGGCAUAGAUCGUUGAACCCGAAGAAGCUUAUUGAUGUUGGGUUUUCGAGGCUCGGUGCUAGGAUGACGAUGAGUAGAACUAUUAAGCUUUAUAAGUUGCCUGAUUCGACUGUUACUAAUGGGUUUAGGAAAAUGGAGCUGAGGGAUGUUCCUGCGGUUACGCGGUUGCUUAGGAAUUACUUGGGGCAGUUUGUUGUUGCGCCUGAUUUCGAUGAAAAUGAUGUUGAACAUUGGCUUCUUCCACAUGAGGAUGUUGUGGAUAGUUACUUGGUUGAGAGUCCUGAAACCCAUGAGAUUACUGAUUUUUGUAGUUUUUACACGCUGCCUUCUUCGAUACUUGGGAAUCAGAGUUACUCGACUUUGAAAGCUGCUUAUUCUUAUUAUAACGUGGCGACUAAAACUCCGCUGUCUCAGUUGAUGAAUGAUGCGCUGAUUGUGGCGAAGCAGAAGGAUUUUGAUGUGUUCAAUGCUUUGGAUGUAAUGCAAAAUGAGGGUUUCCUUAAAGAGCUCAAGUUUGGACCUGGAGAUGGACAGCUUCACUACUACUUGUACAACUAUAGGAUUCGUAAUGCCUUGAGACCGUCGGAACUUGGGCUUGUGCUCUUAUAGCCUGAUGUAUGUUUUUUCAAUUUUGGUUUUGUUAUGCAAUUUGGAGAAAAAAAAACCUUUCAUUUGUUUUGUUUUAUUAGUAGUUUGUUGUUUGAACUCAACACCAUUUAUUGUUCCAUUAAAAUAUUGGCAAUUUAACAUAUUAUUGCAGGGUAUGUUUGUGAGAGAGCUUAUUUUUUGGUGACUUUCUGCUAAUAUGCUUACAUUGCAAAAUCA